AGGGGGUGUGGAUGUGCAAUUCACCCAGGAACCUUCUGAUCCAAGCUACUUCAACAAUGGUAGUAAUGCCAACCUGGUGUGGAACUAUGCCGAUCCAAAUAAUAAAAUUAGAGGCAUUAUCUACAGUGUUCUGGUAAAUGGUGUAUUUAAAGCAAUGAUUUUUAACGACAGUCAUGGCGUGCAAGAACAUCCUAGUAUUCCUCCAUCUUACAAAGGAAGAGUUAAAAUUGAAGGAAGAGCUACCCUGAUUAUCAAGAACAUCAGCCCUAGAGACAAUACCAAAUUUAGAUGUCUAAUGUCACAAAACCCUGCAGGGGAGGUUGAAAGCUCAGUUAAGCUUAUUGUGGCAGGUACGUAUUGCAGACAUAACCAUUAAUAAUCAGACACAAACCAAAUCCACUCAACUCAUGCCUCUCAUAUUUCUGAGAUCUGGUGAAAGUAAACAAUAGCAUAAAUUUGUGCAAACCUUUAUAUGCAGGGCUGAAAUUGGCUAGCUAACCCAACUUUUGGGAACACUAGUGCUACUUUUACUUGGCAUGUGACACCACACUCCUAAAAGGAGACAAGAAAUUCCUUAUGCUGUUUAAAAGAAGCUGAGGUUGUAAACAGAAAAUAAUUUCAAUGAUGAUCAAUGUGGCCAGGUAGGAAUGCUAUUCUUAGCAGAUGUUGUUACUUGAUGCUUCCUCUUUACCCUCUUGAUUGAGAUAGAUACAGACCUAAUGGAAACCUAAAAUUGAAAGUACUGUAAAUAUACUUAAGAAUACUUGAAUCUCAAUGGACUGGUUAUUUAAGUCAUAAAUGUGACUUCUUGUUCCUUAAAAGCAUGCAAUGAGAAUUACAGCUGUGAAAUGGAAAAUGCAGAAUGCAGUCUAUUAUGAAACAAGGUAUUGUUGUGGAGAAGUGUCUGCUCCUGUCUGCUAACCCAAUAUCUAAGAUGUCCCAUGCGCUGUCAAUAGUUUUGCAAGUUUUGACUUUAAGUGUGUUCACCAUGAUCCUUUUGGCAUUGGGUUUCAAAAGAAUUUCAUUUUUAUCCUGACUACAUUUCAAAAAAAGAAUUCAUCAGGUACAAAAAAUUCCAAUACAAUGACUAAUAUCCUAAGAACUAAGAUCAUGAUCCUAACAUUAUAUGAACUAACACCAAUAUGCCACUUAAAAACCUGAUUUCUAUGAAUGCCGUGUCUAAAAAUUAUGAUAGAGAAGGCGUUUAAAUUGGUUUAAUGAACCAGACUCUCUAAUGUUACAGGGUAAGCUAUUCCAAUGGGUUGAGCCGCUAUAACUAAAACUAUUUUUCAUGUAGUUAGUUCUUGGAAAUUGGACAACAAGUUUGUUUACUGAGCCCCACAUAGAAUAGUUUGAUUCGUUUCACAUUAUAAAUUUAAACGUGAGAUAUUCGGGAACCAGAUGGUAGAAAGACUUGCAAACCAUAAAGGUGUUCUGAAUUUCACAUUGAGAUUUCAAGGCUUUUCAGCUGAGUUUGUGAGACAAGGAAUCAACAUCUGCACCAUAGUUUGAUGAAUUUAUUCAUAUGCAGCACGGUUUUGUAGUUUUUGUAGCUUGUUAGAUAACGUUUUGGCACAAUUACCCCAGACCAGGGUACAGUUAUCAAAGUGAGAUUGAAGUAGUGAGUUCUAGAUUUUGAGUAGGGUGGAUUGAGGCACAAAUGGCUUAACUCGCUUUAUGUCUCCAUAUCUCUAUUUCUAUUCCAAGGGAUUUCACAGAGGAAACUUGUUCAAUGGGAACAUUAUCUAUGGAAAGUUUGAGUGUAUCAGAUAGAGUACUUAAUCUAUGCCUAGAGCGGAUCAACAUAAAUUCAGUUUUUGUAGCAUUCAAGGUAAGUCUGUUAGACACAAGCCAUUUGCUUAGCUUUUCAAGGUUGUGAGAUAGACUAGACUGGAUCAAAUGUAAAUCAGAGCCAGCAUAAGUGAUGUGGGUGUCAUCAGCAUACACUCUAAGUACACUGAACGAUAGACAGUUAGGCAAAUCAAGGCUGUGCUCUAGUGGCUCCCGGUCACCUCAGGCGACUAACAUUUGGUCUCGGGCGACUGAAAAAGAAAAGCGGUCGCCCGUCCGGGCGCAUAGAUUUCGGCUUGUGUGAAAACCCGAAACGAAACCAGCAAACGUAUAGAAACGGAACGGAACGAAACAAAAAGAAACUCCAUCGUGCUCCCCGGCUCCCGUUAGCCCGAAAAGCAAAAGCGCUGAAAGCUCAGUGCAAUCAAUAGCCUGUGUGAUCUGUACAUUUAGGUUAAAUAUUAAGUUAGGUCAUGGGUCUUGUUUCGCUUCGGCAGUUUCUCUUCCGGUUUGUUAAUAUAGUACAUGGCCCAGGUUUCUUGUCCAUUGAACGACGUGAUAAAACGAGCAACUGAUUGUAACUAACAUUUUAUAAUUUUACUUGCUAAUUUGAUGACAUUUGCAGAACUAAAAAACAUUCGGCAGGACAACAACAAGAAUUGUUCAUGCUCAAAGUUGUCGCGUGUGUUAUGUAAUAUUGUUUCAUAUGGUUUAGCACGAAAAAUUAUUUUUUCCUUGCCCGUGAGAAACUGCACGAUUUUUGCACAAGCAUGUGUUGAAGAUCUAAUUUUUCUAUUGAAGUGGUUGAUGCUUAUAUUUAAUUUUUGUGUUUCAACAGUUUCAAUAGUGAAGCGCGUGAUUAAUAAAACGAAACCGCGCGUCCUUUAUGCAAAUUUGUGUUUAUUUAAUUAGCUUCGUCCAUGGCAUGCAAGAUGUUUAUCAGCACCAUAUUUGGCGACUUGCUCGCAAUUGUAAUCAUUCAAUCAAAAUUAAUUAAUUAAUUAAUCAAUUCGGGCGACCAACCUGGAAGGCUGGGCGACCUACUUGUCAUGGUUAGGCGCCCAAAGGGCGCCCUGAAAAUUUUCCUAGAGCACAGCCUUGGCAAAUGGUUAAUAUAAAUUAGAAGUAAAAGAGGGCCAAGGAUCGUUUCCUGUGGCACACCACAUUUAAGAUUGGUGAAGUCAGAGAGACAAUCAUUAACUGAGCACUGUUGUGAGUGAUUCGUCAAAUAUGAUUUAAACCAAUCAAGAGUUUUCCUUGAAUACCACAUGGAUUCAUUUUAGUGAGUAUUAUCUCAUGAUCAACAGUGUUGAAUCCCUCUUUUAAGUCGAGAAACACUACAGCAUUGAUGUAGCCAUGAUUGAUAUUAAACCAACUGUCAGUGGCUUCAAUUAAGAAGAGCAGUAAGUUGGGUGUAAAGACUUGAAACCAGAUUGUUGUUUAGAGAUGAUUUCUUCACUAUUUAUGAGGUUCAUAUAACUGAUCAUACACAAUCCUUUCAAACACUUUGGUGACUACAGAAAUGACUGAGAUAGGUCAGUAGUUGCUUUUAAGUUGGUAUCAUUUAGCUCAGUAGAGUGCUUAAAUUUGGCAUACAUCAUAAGGUUUCUACUAUUUUACUGCUGAUGUCAUUGUCAGCUUUUUGCUUCUUCAGUAGGUUUCUUUAUUUCCUCAUCCUAUAGCCAUUUCCUGUCCUAGAUUCCAAGUUCAAGUGACUCUAAAUAUAGAAAAAAAUGUGUAUUUCUGGCCAACUUAAAUGUUAAUUGAAAUAUUUUAGGUGUUAAACAACUGCUCAGUUUCACUUACUUUUGGGACAUGAUGCAUUCUCGAAGCCUUGAAGUGCUUAACACUUUGAAUAUUUCAGCCCAUAGAGAUGACCCCCAGCUUGAUGUUGUCACUGUUAACUCUGAAAGAUUCUAGUCAGUUAAGAUGUCCAUUAUGGACUCAGGAAAAAAUCAAUAGCCCCAUUCAAUUUUAAAAAUCUUAGAGGAGGCAGCUGUUUGCAAACAUUUAUAAGGCCUAACCCAUGAUAAUGGUCUUCCUACUUAAUGCAGCCUGUGAUAUCUAGCACUGAGGGUGUUUGGCUAUCAUUACAUCUGAUUGAAAGGCUGGUCCCUUGCAAAAUGGCUUUUGGAAUUCCUAGGAAUUCCUAGGAAUAAAGGUGUGAAUUUUCACGGUAAAUUCAGACUGGGAGCUCUUAGGAAUUCCCAAAAAUAACAACUCUAAUUCUAAAAACCUAGAAAUUCCCAGAAAUUCCAAGUUUAUAGCAACAGGACUUGAAAUUCCUAGGAAUUCCUAGGAAUUCCAACUCAGAGAACCAAUGACUUUCCCUGAAAAGCUGUAAAUCUAAAAAACUCCUUGGAAUUUCUGGGAAUCUUUGGAAAUUUUUGGGAAUUUUUGGGAAUUUUUAGGAAUGUUUAAGAAUUACAGGGAAUUUUAAGCAAAAAUUUGAGGCUAAUGAUACAAAAUAAAUACUUUAAAUUAAAAAAAAACCCAGCGAAAAUUCAAGUAUUCAAUAAAAUUUAUUUAGAAGCUUAAUUAAGGCUAACAUGUAAAAUAUUUUUGAUUAAUUAUUAACAUCAACGUGUGGUAAUAUUAGAAUGGAAUUUGAUUUAUUUUUCUUUUCUUGAAAACUUCAUACGGAUUAAUCCUCAAUUACAGCUAUUCAUAUAAAAUAGUCCUAAUCAAUCAUUAAAUUUGGUUUGACACAUAUUGUGAAUAAAAUCUGUUGAUUCUUUUCCAUAAAAUACAAUAUCUUAAAUUAUAUUUGAAAAUCAAGCACUCUUAGGAGUGAAGGGGUUAAUUACUGACAAAUAAAAUUGAUUUUUUGAUUAAAAUCUUGUUGUAACUGUAACAAUAAAUUAGAAUGAAGUUAUCCUAAACUGCAAACUUAGCUACUGUUUGUAUUUUUUUCCUGGGCUCACAAUGAGUUGGCCUUGAAUGAGGUUGUCCACAAGAAGCUUGACCAUUUUGUAUCUGGAUUCCAUGACAUCUGAAUUUCAAAAAAAAUAUAUAUAUUUAAAUAUAUAUAUUUAAGGCUCAGACCAGGCCCUUAAGAUGGCUAUGAGGUUUAAUGGCUUAACGAAGUAAACUGUUUACACUUCGGCUUUACAACACGAUUGUUUCCUGAUACUACAAAUGAUCUGUCUAUAUAUGAAGUAUGAAAGCUGUUUCACCGCUGACCACUCGUAUUGAAGUCGUUUUUUCUAUCCCCGCUCGUCGCCCGUGAUGUAGUAACUCCCGGAGUCUUCUCUGUUUCCGAUCACGGGCAUGAUCACGUGGAUCUUUUAGGACUUGUCAUUGGCUAGCAAAGUGAAUCCGCUGGCUUGCCGAUUGCAGUGUUGAGAGAAGGGCACAACUUUAUUCUGACUUCUCCGAUCGAUUCUCUGCCUCUGCCUUACUCUCAUAUUUAUAAAAGAAGGAUACCACAUUAGGAAGAAUAAGAGAUACAUAGAUGAUCCCAGUGUACCAGUACCAAAAUCUACAAAGCUUGACCGUAGCAAGCGUUCAGCAACACGUUCCAACACCGCCAUCUCGAUUCCUCAGUCAGUCGUUUCCACUGAACUUAAAGCAGUAGUGACAACAGAGUAGAGUGCGUCUUACAAAGGAGAAACAUUUGUACAAGAGACAGAAGUAACUAUAUGCGAUUACAGAGGUGCGUUGGAACUCUGGUUCACAAAUAGUUAUGCACUGUCCGAAGUAUAAAACAAUUUUGUUGAUAGCUGACAGACAGAAAAGAACAACAAGUAAACUUUAGAGCUGCUAUAAUUGAAGUGUGAAUUGCACUUUUCAUUUUUAUGUAAAGAAGGACUUGUAUUUUGCACCAAAAAUAAAAAGAUGUAAUAUUUUUUGGGAGAUCCAGUGAUUGGGACAUUUAAGAAAUUAAGUUAGGAAAGGAAACUUGGUUGGUACUUCUCACUACUAACAAGUCUUGUUGACAAAUAUUUUCAGAUCAGAGUUUCAAAUAAAGUGAAUUGAAGACGUCAUUUAAAAGGUGUUUUUUCUCAAUGGGAACAUUGACUACCUCUGUCUUGUCUGCAUGCCAAAUGUUUGCAAAGUGUGUGGAUCCACAGGUAUUGGAACUCUUACAAAAAUGUUUUGUAAGAAUAAAAACAGCAAAACAAAUUACAGCAAUUAGUCAUGAAAACAGAGCAAAAAACUGAAAAAAAAAAACAGCAACAACAAUCAUGAAAAAAGAAAGAUUAAUUAGGUGUUGAAUUUGUUUGUCUGAGACAUGAAAUUUCUACUAAAAAUAUUGUCAACUAAAAGUCUCUGACAGUGUUUGAGGCAACUGAGCUUGACUGUUCCAAGGUUUUCUAACAAAGGCAACCAGUAAUGUAGGUUAGGGAAGUAACUUAUGUUCAUAACUAACAAAGUUCUUUAAGUGUAGGUAACAAUGUAAUUAUUGUUAAUUAUUGUGGAAGUUGUGUACCAAGGAACAGCCAAUGAAUGUUUGAUGAUUUUGGCACAUUAGUGAACAUGAGACAUUAAUUUGCAUCACAAUAAAAAUAUUUUUUGAUCAUGGAAUCCAAGAGUCCUUCGAAGUUAGAAAGCAAAUCUGUGAUAUGAGUACAUUGGAUUAAUUGGCAAUUUCCAUUUAACAUAACUGACUGCUGGUUCAUGAGAAAAUCCAUAUUAAUGUAAAGAUUUACUAAAACUUAGUUUGAAUAAUAAAUUUCAUGAUCUUUAAGUUAUAAACAUAUACAUGUAUGUAUAUCUCUUGGUAAGUUUUGUAUAGCAUACCUUUUAUUGAGCUAAAGUUUUAAGCCUCUGAAAUGACUCCUUUUCUUAAAACCUUCACAUUCAAGGUAUUGAGAAUUUCUUAGAAUUUAUGUGGACCUCAGGGUAUUUAAAUUGCCUCAAAUUCAAUUCCCAGAAAUUGUCAAGAGUUCCACACUUCUUAAAUUAUAGGUAGUUUGUAUAGCUGAGAAUUCCUAGGAAUUCCAAGGGAUUCCAAGUCCUCACAAAACUGGAGUCUUCCUUUCCCAGAAAUUCCCAGUAAUUCCAAGCAGAGUUAAUUUGCAUAGUAGGGAAUUUUUGAGAAUUCCUAGGAGGGAAUUCCUAGGAAUUCCCAGAAAACUGGGAAUUCAAUUUGAAAGGGUCAUUUGCAUAAUUGGGAAUUUUUGAGAAAACUGGGAAUUCAGUUCGCAAGGGGUGUAUCCUUUAAUUAUAAUUUCAUGUAGGAUCAGCUCAUUUUGCUUGAGAACUGCAUGUUUGUAUGCAAGCUAUAUGUUUCGGAUUGUGGGGUGGAUCAAGUUAGUGUACACUAACACAAUGAAACUGGUUCUGCUGUGUAACUCUCUUGAGGCUCCUGAUCCCUACAGAUUUUUGGGGAUGUUUCAGUGCUAGCGCCUCUAAGUCUCGAGUAUAGACCAUUAUAAAUCCAAAAAAAAGUACAUUGCAUUCUAUAAUAGUUUCUGGUUUCUUUUAUAAUAACUCCUUGCAAGAUUUUGUAAAUUGUUACUUAGAUGACAAGCUACAUCUGUACCCACUAAAAUUCUUGUAUUGUUAAGUAACCAUUGAUCAAUUCACAUACACUUACUAAGGAUAUCUUUGUUACAACUUCAGUUGGAAGCUCUCCAAAUUGGAACCUCUUAAAAACUAUACAAAGUUUAAUAGGGCCUAAAAUCAUCAAGUGGGAACAUGGAAAUAUUUUAAGAUGCACAAGUAGUAUUAUCCACCUUUAGAUGUUGGAACUUUUCAGACAAGCCACUCCAUUCUUAAGGAAAAUCAAAUUUUUUCUUCUGUCUUUAAAUUAGAUUUUCCUCCUUUCAUCAAUACUCUCUCAGGUACUCUGGCUAGUGAGCUAUUUUUUGCAUUUCUUACUCAAACCUCUAGUUUUCAACAAGAAUAUUACUUCCAGUACAAAGAUGAAUCACGCAGUAUUUUUUGUGUUGCCUCUCCACUUUCUACCUCUGCAAUUCCUUUCCCAUCAUCUCCUGUAGUUUUUUAAUAAACAUCAGCACCUCUUGAUGGUCUGGAAGAUAGUUUCUUUGGUAAUGUCAAACAAGCUCAAAUCUUGUGCUAAUUAUAACUAGGAACUACUUAGCAUGAAUUUAAGCCACCUUCUUGUUCUUAGGUAUUUCUCAUUCAAUGUUCUGGGUACUGCUUGUUUUGCAUUUUCACCAAAACUAAGACUGGACCAUGUUGUAUAAACAUUUCAUCUACCUGUUUGCCUCGUAUCAGCUAUGGCUGAUUUCACUUUAGUUUUAAGGAUCAACCUAAAUUAUCUUGCCAUAAGCUUUGGGAACACUUAUAGCUCUCCUCUUUAGGGGGGGUAAAGUGUGUUCGUAGAGCUCUGAUGAAAUGACUCUGCCUCAUUGUAAAUGUAAUGCCUGCGACAGAUUGAGGAUGUUUUUAAUUUCCUGUGUGAUAACCUCUCUGUCGAGAAGUAGCAAAACAUUUCAGCACAAGUUAUUAACAGUGGUCUCCGUACAGUCUAUUCUUAAUGCAGGAAAUAAGUUCAUUUUCUCUGCAUUUGACUUGGGCUUAUGAAAGGUUUAUUUGUGGGUAUGGUUCUUCAAAAUGCAGAGGAAAAGUCAGAAACUCUCCCUUCUGCAAACUCCCUUUGCAGAAAAAUCAUGAUGAACAAUCAAAUUAUGCAAUGUUUGAUAAAAGAACAAUUAUUUCAAGGAGUUUAGUAAGUUCUCCUUUAAACUUUAGGUAAUGGCAAGCAUCAUUCCGCAUGCCAUUGGUGUAUUCUUUUUAUCCCAAAGAAUUCAUGGUUUCUCUUUUGUCAAAAUUUCGAUUCUCUGGGUUAGGGAUGCUUUAGUAGAUCCCCUUUCAGGCUAAGUUCCAAGUGAGGUGUGGCUUGAUUGGCUCUAUUCCAAUUUUUUUUUCCAGCAGUAAAAGUUUUAUCAAGAAAAUUGGGAGUAGCUUUAUAGCCGGGGUCAUUAGUUUAAUUAGUGACUUCAUGAAUUAUCCCUUAAUUCCUUAGGUUGGUUGUUGGGGACCAAUUGCUGGAUACUUUUGAUUAUUUUAUUGUAAUUGGGUAAAUUUUAAGACUCAGUCUGAGUAAGAUUUGCUACGCCAUAUGAGGAAUGACAUAAUUUCUUUUACCUUUCAGAGGCAUUACUUAUAAACCUCUCUUUAGGAGGAAAAAAUUUCAUUGAAGGAUCCAAUGCCACCAUAACCUGUAAAGCUUCUGGGAAACCACCACCAUAUGUAGCAUGGAUUAGAAAUGGAGUACUGGAAAGUUCAGGGAAGGAAGCUGCAUCUUUGGAGUUCAAUAAUAUAAACAGAACAGAUGCAGGACAAUAUACAUGUCAAGCCAAUAACUCAAUGGAAGUCACUUCCAUUAACACAACAAUUGUAGUUCACUGUAAGUAUAUUUUAACCUUAAUUUUCUAUAUCUGAAUUUAAUUUAUGUACAGUGCGACUCCUGUUAUUAGGGUCAGUUACACAAAACUGAUGAAUCUGUCCAAAAGUGCAGGAAAACUGAAUUCCACAUCAGAUCCUUUUUGGCUUUGUGCGCAUUGGUCCUAAGUACUGGCUGGGACACUUGAAUUUCAGUGGAAUUAUUACUCACAUUAUUUUGCUUAGGAGGACAUGAAAAUGUUUUUACCAAGUUGUUGCUUCAGUUGGAUUGUGUUAAACUCAGAAAAUGGCUUAAGGCCAUUUCUGAGUCAUUGUGACAACCCAAAGUUCACUCCAUUUGACUAGUGCACAAGGCUAUCGCAAAGGGCCUUGGUUGAAGCUUGAUGGAAAUCUGAGAAUGGCCAAAAUUCCAAGUGUCAGAUAGCUAAGAUAAGUGGAUAAAAGCAAAAAUGGACUAAAACUAAAACUAAAACCACAUGCUUAAGAUUUGUGCAAAUAUUUGCAUGUAUGGCAUUCAAAAAGAUAUACUAUUUAGAGGCAAGAAUCCAUUUUAUAAUUCAUAAUUUGAAGGCCUUGCCACCUUAUACUGAAUGCUUGAGUGCUACAUAAUACAAAAGUGAUGGACUCUACAACUGAGUGAUUACAACCUCAGGGCGUGAAAUUGCGCCUAAUACAGGCGCCAAUUAAUGCGACUAAAUUUUUCACUUUGGCGACCAAAUCCUGAAAGUUAGUCGCCAAAUUGGCGACUACAACGUUUUAUCAUAACCUUACUAAGAGAUAUAGUGAAUUAAAUAAAUUUGCAAGAUAAAUCCGCGGCAAACUUCCUCGUUAAGUUUGUUUCCAAAACGUAGCACACUCAUCUCGAUCGAUAACUAGACGCCAUCUUGGAUUUAGAUGAGCCUGAACGUUGUAUAUCAUACAUCCUAGUGUCCACUUUGUAGCACGUUAAAGAUCUUUUCCCUAACUUAAUUUUGGAGGGUCUAUCUAGUACGCUGACAGCGUAAAGAAAGAUUUUGUUUGUCUUUGAAAAUGGCGACCAACUUUUUUUGAAUUGGCUACCACUUUGAAGAAUUUAGGAGCCAAGUGGCUAUCAGAAAAAAAAGUUAAUUUCACGCCCUGAACCUUCACUUUUUUCCAUUUAUAAAGACUGGGAAAGGAAAGACAAAUGCUGUGCUUUUAUAAUUGAUUUCCAUGACUUUCUGGUUUGGGAGGUAGUUUGCAGAGUUGAAUUGAGAAUUAGCUAUGAGUUAAGAAGGCAUUUUUGUAUGUCACCCUUUCAAUUCAUGGAAACAAGGCACAGCCAUUUAACCACUGGUAAUGCCAAAACUAUUCACUUGUUCUGACAGAAACCUUCAGUUAUAGUUACAUCUUAACAACAUUUAUCCCAAUCAUACUCAGAAUGUGCAAAUUGAGAUCAUGUGACCUACCAUAUGACCCUGGAGGAGUCGAAAUAGCCUUCUAAAACUGUUAUAAGAAUAUUUAUACAUCUUCUAUGGCAUAAAUUUAUGAAAUAUCCCCUAGUAUUCUACUAUUAUCUAUGAAAGGGUUGCUCAGUCCACAGUUUCAGCCAAAUGUUUGUUUAUUAAGCUUAAGCAAUGAGAUAAAUAUAAUUUUCGCCCAAUUUACAAUUUGACAUGAAAAAGAGGGGCAGUCAGGUUACCACUGUUUGUGGCCAUUUUUUAUGGUUUGUGAAAAAAACUUCUGACUAUAACAUUAGCUCUUAAUGGCAGGAAGCCAGGUGUGCUCAACUUCUACAAAUUUUGUCGCAUUACCAAGCAUGUGACCUCCAAGGGGCCUAAAUCUGCCCUCUUGCCAUAAAGUGAAAUCAUACUUAUGUCAUCCUUCCAAAUCUUGUAUUUGCACUACCUAUUACCUCAGAGCAAUACAUAUUGCAACUAAAAAACACAAUAUCAUAACUUAUUUUGGUCUGUUGAGCUUUUCCAUCGUUAAUCGACUGAAAGCUAUCCUCUUAAGUAUGGAUGCCUCAUAUGUCAACUAUUUAACAGUUCCUCUUCAAAGAUACUCUCUUCACAGCUUUCUUCUGAGUCACUGAGAAGGUUUACUGGUGCUAGUGCUUUUGUGAUUGGCUGUGGUACAAGAACCUCCCCGUUCUUCAUCCAUCCAUGACCCUCCGUUGAUUUGAGAUCCUGCAUAGCUUCAAGGGCAUGACUCCACAUGAAUGCUUUGUAGUUUGAUUGCUUCAGAUGUUGAAGUAGACAAUCAGUUGUUGGUGGAAGCAUUUUGUUUUUCUUGCUUAUUCUGGCAGAACAUGUGAUAACGUAAUUCAUCUGCAAUGCUUGUCUUUUUGCAGUCAUGUAUAAGCUGCAAACAAAGGUUUCGCUUUUGCCACAUCUGUAGAAAGCAACCAACAGGAAAUUGCAUAGGUUUACCUAGUGUCAAAAACGUAGCAUUCAUGGUUAAGAAUAAACAUACAUCAAAUGCAACAAAUGUUGAUUGCUACAACUCUAAAUUGCUGGUAACGAAACUAGAAACCAAUGGUGGGAAUAAAACAUGCUGAACUAAAUAAUUAAAGCCAUACCUUUUUUUUGGAUUUACAAGAUACUUUCCCCAUGGUACUGGAGUGGCAAGACCUCUGAUUUGCAUUUUAAGGCCAAUGAAUGUUUCCCUUUGCUGACGCCCUCCUUUUGUGAAGUUGCUCAGUAUUGGUAAAAGACCAUGAGGACUUUCAGAAAGUUGCUAGAAAAAAGGGGGGAACUGAAGAUGUUGAAAUAUUUUUGUAAGAAUUCACCAAAGGUAUCUGCUCCAGAAGAUUUUGUCGACUGUAGAACUGCCAUGCCAUUGAUAACAACAACCUGAGGAUUUGUCAAUGCUGUAAGUUGCUGAACUACAUGAAUGUCUUUCUAGAGAAGAGAGCAUAGUGUGCUCUUAACACCUUUUCUAAGACUCCCAUUAGUGAGUGAAUAUGGGAUUGAAGACAGGUCAAAGCUCAGCACAUCUUUCAGGCAGAUUGGAUGAGAUGAGGAGCUUGACAAACAAAUCCUUGUUGGCAUUAACAGUAAUUAGCUUAUUGCUGGAUUUGACUCCAACCUUAUUUGCUCUGCUGAACCUAGGAUCUUGAUGUUUGGAAUUGGCUCCCCAGAAACCCUAGCAGGGAAUCGAAAGAAAAUAUAAAGCCGUGUGGUAUAUGAAGCUUAAAUCACUAAGUGGAAAACUGUAGGUUUGAGUCAAUGAAUUUAUAUCAGUGGAUGUAAAUUGACAACUUCUGCUUAAAUAAAUUCUUCAUUUCUUCAGUUUGUAAGCCAUAUGAUAAAGUCAAUGGGAUCAUUCAACUUUCUUCACUGAGCCUGUGGAAAAUAGUUGCUUUAGUAUUAUUGCUAGAGUGCUUUCAAAUUAUGUUGUAAAUUUGUUUUGUAAAUUAAAAAUUGUACAUUCUGCUACAAUAGUUUGGAUUACUUGUAUUCUGAUAAGCAGGCAUUUUUUAUUUAUAUAUUUAUAUUUGAAAUAUUGUGUAGGAGAAACAUUACCUCUGUUUAAAAUUUACUCUCUGAGAGUUCCGUAAUUUUUCUCUUGAUGAUCGUUUGUUAACAUCUUGCUGCAACUCACACGGCUGGAACUUGAUACUCACCAUUUGCGGAGGUCAUCUUGGUAGCUGGAAUUACAAAUGAGGGAGGUCAGCUCUGUUUUGAUCUAAUGGCAUACUAUUAAUUGAGUGGUAAGUUCUGAUAAUUGAUUGUAACCCUAUUGUUUUGAAUUAAAGACUGUAGCUGUUGAUUGGCUGCUAACAAAAUUGACUGUAGAUUCAAUCUUUGUGUUUACAUCUUUCAUUCUGGGAUGACUGAUUCAUCUACUGCAAUAGGAAAAAUGUACACGUGGUCAGCCAACUUUGGUUUAUGAAUCCAUCUCAUUGCUCUGAACUUCUCCAUCAAGGGAUUUUAUUGGGAACUUAUAGAAAUUUUGAAAUUGUAACCUUGAGCUUCCAAAUAGAUACGUUGUAUAAGAUCAUUUUGACCAAAUUUAAUUUUGCACCCAAAAGGAAAUUGCACCAAAAAGUCUAACUGCUUAAGCAAGUUACAGCUAAGUUUGUUUUACAGUGCAAGCACUUGAGGGACUUUAACGUAAAACCUAACGGUGAUGACAACAUGGACAUCAUAAAAAACAAAAGAUGUAAUGGGCAGAAUAACAGUUCAGCACAUGCCUUUUAAAACUUUGUACAUUUCUUAUCUGUCUUCUGACAAACAACAGUGUGAAAUCAGCAAAAUUUGUGUUGUCUGUGAAUGAAAAGCCCAACGGCAAAUAAUCUGCUUCCAUCUGGAACCCAAUGUGGCUCACAUAUGUUAUGCUGAAUUUAAAGUGAGACAUCAUUAGAAACUGAACACAUUCAGCCAUUCAUGUGUGAAAUUCCAACUAAAAAUCUAAAUUCCUUUUUUAAUUGACAUCUACCUCAGCAUUGCCAACUGCCAAAGGUCCAUAGUACUGAUUAACUGUCUGCAAACUUCUGGAAUAGAAAGUCAGACUGCCUUGGUACAUUUCAAACUCAUGAAGUUAACCUGUGGGUAAUUGGGAAGAACAGCUCCCCUCCACCGACAGUUGGCCAACUGUCGGCCAACAGUCUGCCGACUGUAGGCUGACACUAAACCGACAGGCCACCAACAGGUUAGCGACAGGCGGUGAAAUAACUUUACUAGUGUAUUUUUGCACUUAAAAAUCGAUGUAAAACUUACUGUAAAUGCUUAAAAUUUUUCAAAAUGCCACUAACACUUGAAUGUACACGAACAUUCCCUGUGUAUUAAACGAAAGUGUGUUAAUAUUCUCCAUCAAAAAGUGCAGUUAAGAAUCACCCUAUAAUGCAAUGCAAUCGUUACCGACAGAUCACCGACAGUCGGUCAACUGUUGGCCAACAGAUGUCCUGCAGGAAGUUAUCUUUUCAGGAAAAUCUAAAUAAAUCUGUCAGUCAACUGUUGGUAAGGUGUUGGUCGACAGUUGGCCAACUGUCGGCCAACAGUUGGCUGACAGAUUGCCAACAGUCGGCCGACAGAUUACCAACAGUCAGCCAACAGAUAACCAACAGUUGACCAACUGUCGGUGAGAGGAGCUGUUCUUCACAGUUACCAACCUGUGUACCUCACAAGAUUGUUUUUGAUGAGCUGUCACAAGACAAAUUGAUGAUUGGACAGUUUUUACUCCUUGGGUAUCAUUAGCCGACUUAACAAGUUAAAAUGUAGCUGAUUGGCUAAUUUUUUACCAAUCAGUUCAUUCCAGAUUCUCCUUUUGUGUUUUUAGCCUGUGUUGAAAGGACAUAGCUUGUUUUCUUGAUGCUUUUAAUAAACUUCCCAAUCAUAAAUGGCAGGAGGCAGACCAGUUGCCUACAGAUAAAGUGCAGCUAAGGAGUUGAACACGGGACAACCGAGAAGAUUGGCGGAUGACUUGCUGCAAUUUUCCUUUCCAAAAGCAUUAUAUUUCUUGCCCAGGGCACUCCAUUGAUUGAUACGAGAUUAACCCACACACAUGAUUAAUACUUCCUUAUUGCAUUAUUAUACCCCCUCUAGACUAUUACAAGGGAUUAUGAUUAAUAACCAGGGGAAAUGUGUGAGUCAUGAAAUAAACAGAGAUUAAGAUUUUGAUUUACAUUUUUAGACAAACCUGAAGGUGCAAGGCUCACUACCAAUGCUUCACAAAAUACCAUCAUUAAAGGAGAUACAGUUACAUUCAAGUGUACAGUUAUGGCUGCUGUGCCACAAGUGUCAAUUUACAAGUUCUACUUCAAUGGCUACCUCUUCAGUAAUAACAGCAACAGUGAGUAUACUCUCAAUAACGUCAACCAAUCUCAGCACCAUGGCGAGUACAAAUGUGUCCCACAUAAUGCUGUUGGAGAUGGAGCAGAAGCCACUGUGAGACUUAACAUAAAUGGUGGGUAGAAAUGUCUUUGAGCAUUUUUAAGUACUUUGGACACAUAAUUCAAAAAACAUUUUUUACCUUUUUACAUCACAUCAAUGAAACUUCCAACACUCUGAAUUAUUACAUCCCUGACCAGAGAAGAAAAGAGACCCUAGUAACAAGGCUGACACGGUUGUGCCUGCCCUCCCUCCCUUUACAGGCUUUUCCUGGGAGUAAUGGGAAUGAGUGCAGAGUGUGAGGUGGGUUAGGGGGAGGAGAAAGAAAGUCCACCUGAAGAGGUGACUCCCUCAGCUUUCCACACAAUGCUCCUCCCCAAGGUACUUUGGAAAAGGGGUGGUGAAGGAUGCCUGUCUCAGAAAAUUUAGCCAGGGCUUAAUAGUAAAUGGGUGCCUAAUGGCUAAAGUUGUGCCUGAUAAUAAUGAACUGGUACUUAAUAAUGAUGAACAGUUGCCUAAUAAUGAUGGGCUUGUGCCUAAUAACAAAAUGGCAGGUGCCUAAUAAUAAAAACCAAUAACUUAUUAUGAUGAACUUGUGUCUAAUAACAACGAAACAAGUCUAAUAAUGGUUCACAAGUGCAUCAUAGAAACAAAACAAUGAUUUGGCAGGAAUGGCACCCCAUGGUGCUUGCCAGGCUGAAGCAAUUAUCCUGUGUCCACUAAAAACUGUAAACUUAUGCUUUUCAUCAGAAUAUUUGCUUUUCAUUGGAAUAUUUUAAAACUGGUGCAAAUUAUGAUUAGCUGAUAAAGUGAAAGUUUGUUUCCUUUUUUUGUUUUGUUUUUGUUUUUUUUCAAUAUUUUUUUAGUGUAUGAAGAGGAUGAUUUUGAACCAAAUCGCACUCUAAUGUUAUGGUUUGAAAACUCUUUUGUUCUUCUCCUCUUUUCAAGUUCCUGUCCAGUUCACAGAAGUGCCACAGAAUAUAACAGUUAAAACUUCAGCUCCUCUGUUUUUGAGCUGUGAUGCCUCUGGUUUUCCUGACCCUAAGAUAAGAUGGGAAAAAUCUGGGAUUAAGUUAUCAGACACCAAACAGCUGAACAUCUCUAGUAGUAACAGGAACGAUGCAGGAGAAUAUGUUUGCAUCGCAAGUAAUGGAGUGAGACAGGAAAAGACAGUAAGAGCUUAUGUCACUGUGCAAUGUAAGUCUUUUUUUCAAUAUGUCAUAAAAAGCAGUCACAGCUGUUGAAUAAAUGAUACAGUCAGACUUAUAUUAAGCAGCACCAUAUUAAGCGGUCACCCUGUAUUCAGUGGUCAGUGGUCAGAGUCCCAAAUUUUUUUCUCCUUAAUUGUUGUAAUUUUCACCUCUUUAUAGUGGUCACCUCUAUAAUAAGUGGUUGUGGUCACUCUGAGUGAGUGACAACAGCCUGUUUGUGUUGUCUUCCACCUGUAACGAAUGGUCACAUAAAGUGGAACAACUCGAUUAAAACUAAGGAUGAUUUUUUUGUGUAAAUUCAAUCCAUGUUUAAAACAGGUUUCAUUAUUGUACAAAAUAACCAACUGUCCAACUAUGGCAAGAUUUUUUAACUUGAUUUGUGCAUUAUUUGUACUCUCUUAGGUGCAGUUGGAUAAUAAAUAUAUGUUAAUCAUAGGCCGGGAGGUCAGUAUUGGGGAAAACUGUUCCCAAAGUCUUUAGUACUGCCAAAGGCAGUACACAAGACAGACACAAGACACACAAUUCAGACCAACCUAGACUGGUUAAGAACAUUUUUAAUUUUUUCUUGAAGUUAGCAAAACACUUGCCAAAAGAAUAUGAAUUGAUUUAGGGCUGUAAUUAUGGCAAGAUCCUCCAUAAACUGAACAAACCUUGAGCGAGUAAAUUGUAGUUAAAAUGGAGGUAAUGCAAAUUAAAAGAGACGUAAAACAUUGUUAUUUGCAUUAUGAUGUAGGUGAUUUAUAAGGCUUCCAAACAAACUUUGAAACAUUAUUUUUACAAGUAUCUGUCACUAUCUGACACCUGUCAAUUAGAGAACACUUGGAAAAAAAGUGCAUGUACACUUUCGAAAAAAAGCUCAUUAACUCUCACAACAAUUUUUUCUUCAAAAACAGUCAAUGUUCUUAGGUAAAGUAUUAUUUACCUCCAUUAACAACUAAUGUACAAAGAUUACCUCUGUUCAGUCAGUAAAUGACAACAAAAGUCAGUGCAAGUAAAUUCAAAUGUAAGUUUUGAAGUUGUGAGAGUUUGCUCGUUUGUUUGCUGCAAUGGGCGUGUGUAAAUCUGGUCUUUCUUCCACCCAGAAACUAAAUUCAACUGAGACACUUUUACUAGAUACAACAAGAGUCAAUACGACCUUUUCUCAGUGAGUUUCUUUCAAUUUGGUUUCUGCUCUGCAAUUUACAGUACAAAUGUCCAAAUUAAACGGACUUGGAAAAAGUUAUUGAAAGCGUAUUUGUAGCAGAGCUGAAAACUUUACUCACCCAUUCACAACGAACAAGAGAGAAUUCACAUAAUACAUAGAUUUAGCCAAGCCUAAAAGCAGAGCGUCAGUAAGUUUAUUUUCUGGCCCUUCACUUUAUUAAAGUCCUCUGCAGUCGUUGUCAAAGAGAUUAUUGAAGGGGACCAGCUGGGGUGGGGUAUGGAGGAAAAUUGGGGUCUGAAUUGAGGGAUGGUGUUUUCACAACUUAACAAAGUGACCAGCAUACGUGCUAGUCAGCGGUAUUUUCAAGCAGAUGAAGACCUCUGUAGAUAUUCCUGAUGUUUUGAACAGAUUUUCGAGGAUAGGGAAAGUUUCCUUCUUCAGAUGUAGUGUAUGAUGUUAGUAUCAGUUGAAAUGAUAUUCUAUUGAAAUGAAUUAAAAUAUGAGUUUGCGAAAACGAGCCAAAAUUAAAGAAACGACCAUAAACGACUUCGAGUUAAGAUAUCAGCAUUCAAUUGUAGGGUAUUCACCUGAGAACAGUGAGUCGGUGAAACAGUACUCCGGAAGUGUAUGGGCUUCUCUUAUAUCUUCUCUUGGUGUCGCUUGGUAUGACUGUUCGCUCUGCCAAUUUUUCUCGAAUGUGUCAACCUUCUCUAGAAAGCAUUUAACACAUAGAUGUUUAGUAAAUAUAUCAAGUACACCAAAGGUACCAUUGGUUUUUUACCCAAGAGUCCAUUUUCACUUUGUAAAAGCUCUUCCAAAUUCGAAACAUUCGCCAUCUUGAAUGACGCCAUCUUUCCUGUGACGUCACGGGUGGAACCUCCAAAGUUUCGUUUUGUGAUCGCGUGAGACACGAAGGAGUCUUUUCCACAGCCGUUGUUUGGUGGUCUCAUCAUGAUUUUUUUACUUAAAGUUUGCUUCAAUGUAUUCAAUUUUUUCAUAAUGGUAAAACGUUGUGUCGUCCAGUUUUGUACUGAUUCAAACAAAACUGGGCGUACAAUGCAAAUAUUUCCAAAUGACGCAAAUUUGAAGCUACAAUUUGUGAAAUUUGUUCUCGUGAAAAUAGCCGAUUUCGUAGAGCCGUUCGAACAUUCUGUUGUUUGUAGCAGUCAUUUUUCUUCCUGGUGCUGAACCGACGACUCAGACCCUACCAGAAGCAAAUUAUUCGGAAGUAUGAAAACGACCCAUACAGUCCGUACAGUUGAGCUCUUCAAAAGUUAGAGAUCAACAGAGAAAGUACAAAAUCGAUUUACAUGAAAACGUUUCGUUAAUUAAACAACAAUAGCUUUAUUGGUUCUCUAAAAACAUCUUUUUUCUCAUCUAAUGAAUGAUUAUGGGGAAGCCAGUUGUUCGGGAGCCAGCGCUGAGCCCAUAAAAGACAAUGACCUGUCUGAACCUUUGCAUGAAUUCAAAACACGUGUCAAAGAAAGAGAAUUCCUUGAUGUCGGUGUGUAAUAACGUGAUCUGGAAUUUUGUUGGUUCGAUAUAAAGAAUUUUAUACAGGAUCCCAUAAUCAACCCUUAUGUUCUAUAAGGGAAUCCAUGCCAGCCCCACUUGUUGCUUCCUUUGAGAAACCUAGCAGAGAAACAGUAGAAGAAUUUGUCUCACGGUUUUCACAGCAGUGAAAGUAUAUUCAGAGGUCAGUAGGACAAUAUUUAUCAUUUUGAGUACAACUUAAAAGAUCCUAAUUUCAGCAUGCAAAACUAUCUUUUCAGUAUUUCAAAUCGAAUCAAACACAAACAGGGUUGGAUAAUUAUGAAGGCCACACCAGGAAAUGUACAUGGUACAACUUGUUUAUCGAUGGAAAUGCUUCGCAGAUGAAGGAAAGCAAUGCAUAAGUAUCUCGUAAAGAACGGGCACAACCGCCAGUGCAGUAAGACACAGAUAACUAAGAUCUGCAUUAACAUGUACCUUUGUUUCUUCGUUAAGGUUUUGCGGUUUUAAUCCAAUGUAAGACGAUCCAAAAUCCGCUGGAAAAAUGUUUCGGAUUUUGUUUACCGCACAAGAUGGCACAGCUAUCCUGAAGUGUUUGCCGAGAUAACCCCAACACUGACGAACAAGCUAUCCGUAGACAAUUUAGCGAAAUUCUCCUGCCGGGAAAGAAGUGAAAAACAACUAGCUGUAGUAUUGUAUUAUUAAAUCAAUGGCAGAAACAACUCAAGCAAAACGAUCUCAAAAUGUAACAAAACAGAUGAAACAGAAAACAUUUAGCUUACUUGUUUCCGGUGUGAUUAUCUGAGCCUUACUGCUGCCUAUACGUGUAAUAGGCCGUCUCCAGCACCCAGAAAUCGACUGAAAACCUGGAUGCUCAGUGAUACAACUUAUCUGGAUUACAGGCCCUUGCUCAUAUACUUUUUGCCACAAUUGCCCGAUUUCCUUACAACAAACACUUUCAUGAGUUGUCGGAGUUGGUUGACAAGUUCCACACUCACGCCGUUGAUAAUUUUACACAAAACACCCUCAGAAGCUCAGGUUUUAAAAAUUUCUGUUGUAUUCUUUUAGAUUGUACCCUUGCUUUAUUGGAUUUUCAUGGCAAAUAAAUCUCACAGUAAAUUAAACAUCAGUUUGAGUUUCCGAGGAGGUCGCAUCGCUGUCAACAUAAUAAUUUUUCCAAGCCCUGAAUAGGCGAGGAAAAAAUACAAGAAACGAGCAAGAUUUCCGCUCGUGUUAUGUGUUAAACCAUCGAAUGAGAGAUUUAUUAUUCCACUAUUAUUUUCAGUUUUUAGUAUUUUAACUUUUAGUGUGCGAAUUGCAUCCUACGGCUUUAUCUGUGCAUCGUAUCCAUUGCAUAAGAUAUGCGCGAAAGAUGGAAACAACCAGAACUAAAGCAUUCAAAUGUCCUUUGUGUUCUUUUGUGCUUAAAAGUUCGCUUCUUUAAAAGUCAAAUGUAAAAAACGAAAAAAAAAAAAACGAUGUUUGGAUCGUUCAGUGCUGCCAAUAUGUUGCGACUUAUUUUUGCCUUGUUUUAAAAUGUAAUACUGUGGCAUAUUUUGCCUUCCUCAUUACGUUAUUUGGUAAAAUGACACAGUAGUGGAAUGAUAAAGCUCAUUAAUGUUCUGAUUCAUAUGGAGUAUCACCAAUUAGUUAUUCAAUUGCUUAUUGCAUUUGUAUUCAUUCUUAGACCCGUCCACAAUUCAAAAUGUUACCACGUCAUCUAAGAAGUCUUGGAUUGGCCAGACAGUGACUUUGAAGUGUCUUUCUGAUGGUGUUCCUACACCAACACUCUCUUGGUACAAACCUGAAGGAAGUGGAAUAAACAAUGUCACAGCCAGAGAAAACGAAGUACAAGUGCAACUCAGGGGUGAUCAAGAUUUUGGUCAUUACAAGUGCAUUGCUGCCAAUGGACUUCCUCCAUCUGAUGAGAAAUUAAUAAAGAUAAAUCAGAUAAGUAAGUAAAAAAGAUCAGUGUAUUGUGAUAAGAAGAAAACUAUAUAUAAAGUCAGCAUUUUCUUUUGCCAUUGCUCAUUAUCACUGUUUCAGGUGCAGUAGAAGUAAAAACCACAUUUUCUUACAAAGCACUCGACAGAGUAACUUAUUCACUUUGUACAUCUCAUUCGAUGAUUUAACAUUUAAUACGUGCGGAUAUUUUGCAAGGCUUAUAUGCGUGUGGAAAAAACAUAUGCUAAUGUUAAACCAUUGAGUGAGGGAUUUAUCAUUCUACUAUUCUUUCAUUUACUAACAAUUUGGCCGCCUAGAUUUCGACAUACAUCCUGCGGCCUUAUCUGGGCGCUCCGUUCGCAUUUUUCUCCUCUUUAGCUGCGUUUGACCUACACAUAUUUUUCGCGUUCGUUACCCAAUGAGGUAUAAGGGUGUAAUGGUGGAAUUAUGCCAGAUAUUGUUAGCCUGAUCUUUUAGUGGGAAAUACACCCAAAUUUAUUAAAAAAAAAAAGGUUUAAAGUAAACUGUCGACACCUUGCCCUUUGGUAGCAUUAAACACGUCACAAAGAGCACUGAACUUUAGGCAGAUUGAUGACAUCUUCCCAUGCGGGUAUCUAUAGGAAACUUCCUCAACCAUGGACUAUAAAUUUUUUCACUUUUUAUGAGUCUCUUGGCUGAAUGUAUCCGGUAGCUACAUUUAUAUUCAUUAAUUACAUGUUAACGCACUCAGCGAAUGAACUAUGGGGAUUUACCUGCACGAGUUCACGGACUAUUACACCACGAUAGUGAAGUCAAGGAGGUUGUUUCGUCACAACCCAGUAUCACAUGGUAAAAUCAUCUAAUCAGAAAAUCGGAAUUCGAACAGUGUAUGAAAGUUGAAUAAUAAACUGUAAGAAGACGUGGACUUGCAUUCAUCCUUAGUGUUGUGACAAAACUCAAAAUAAUCUCUUUUCUUAUGGCACUAUGUAGAGAAACCAGGGAAAGCAUCCAUCAAAUCAGAAUCAGUCAUUCAAGCAACUUCUAUAACAAUAGAAUGGACUGCACCAGCUGAUGGAGGAAGUCCAAUUACAGGAUUCCAAAUGAUCUUACAAAAGGAUGGAACUGAGAUAGAAAAGGUUAAUAUCACCGAUCCUGGGACGACAAGUUAUUCGUUUCCUGGUUUGGAGAAAAAUACCAACUACACAGUGAAACUGUUUUCCAGAAAUUUUGUAUUCGAGGGAGAUCCUACUGUAUGGAACAUUAAGACCAAGUUUGAAGGUGAGGAAUCAAAAGUGAUAUCGCGACUGAGCACUUUGCACCAAUCAUUUUUUCGCCAACUUAGAUUUGCUGUGAGUAACCCAGUUUUAACAACGUUAUCUGCUUGCUGCAUUAUAAGAUUUUGGAUUUUCAGCGUUUGUCCCCUGCUUAGUGGCCAGUUUCCUUUCCCUUCGUGAUAAUUGUUUUAGAGAUACCUACGUUUGAAGAAGCAUAAUAAUAAACAAUGAAAAACCAAUGAUCGUAGGUGAGAACAAUAGACAACCUACGCGGUUACGUUCCGUAAAUGUUACCUGAUUUAUCAAGUAUUGUUUGCCUUGUCGUUUUUUUUUUAUUUUCUGAUGUUCACGUUUCAAAAUCUGCAAUAUGAAUCAGCCACAACAACAGCCGCUACAUAGGGACCUUAGGUUAGUUGGAUACAUUUUUCCUAAACUCUUACUGACCAUAUUCAGAACGCCCAAUAACCAACUAUCCCUUUAGACAGUGAGACGAUUUCCACACAUCGUUUGACCAAAGAAUUGAAGUUUGAAGAAAUGGGCCUUUCAUGAAUGUCGCUUCUAAUAUGCAAAUAUUAUGGGGAAAUCUCGUCAAACAGUGUGUGGACGGCCUAGAAGAAUCCUUCGUAUAUUUUCUUUAAGAUGAGAAAUAGCUUAUUUUCAUUUUGCAGGGAUUAGCCCAAACCAAAACUAUUAUGGUUGCCGUUUUCAAGAAAGUUUCUUUCGAAUCUCAUCCGGCACAUAUCUCACUCAACAAAAAAACUAUUGUGGUAACAGGUGUGAACUUAGUAACUGAAUUUGAGAAGCCGUAAUAUGGCAAUGAAGUUCGUCGCACCUGUUAUCGCUUAAGCGCUUGUUGUCAUUGCCUCCUCGGUUGGCAAACCCCCUGAAGAAAAAAGCUUGUUGUCUCGGCGGAAAAACCCGCGCCAGCUUAUAUUUGCAGAAGAAGAAUCGUAGGCCUGUACUUAAUCAUGCGCCAUGUCAAACUUUUCAAAAGCGGAAAGUAGUUGCACACGAACUGAGAUCCUUUCUGUAACUACGUGACACAAACGAACGUCGAAUUGUGACGUCAUCUAUGCAUCGGUCCUUCAUUUGAUCACGUGUAAAUAGCAAUUACAAUGCCAGUAGAAGUCAGUGUAUCGUUCAAAUUCACCUUAUAAAUGCAGUAUUUGUUUUAGGCAAUAACCGACCAUCAUUUUAGGCUUCUCAUUAUCACUUUUUGUCCUUCAAAUUAUUUGCCAUACACUUUCGUCUUAGAAAUAUCCCAAACAAAUCCUCGACCAGUUUACAGAUUAGUUAAUCAUUGAUAAUGGUUCUGACCAGGUUUGUAACAAGAAAUUAUAUAAUUAUUAGAAAUUUCACGGUGUUCGUGUCGUUGACAUCAAUCUAGGAGCCCCAGAUGUGGUCGAAAUAGACGAACUGCCAGAUAAAACAACAGACGAUACAAUUACCCUAAAGUGGAAGGAGCCAGAAAGUUAUGGAAAAGUUAUAACCAUGUACACAGUGUACCAAAGAGUAGUGACUGAUGGGAAAGUCGGACAUUGGAUAGAAGUAAGGAGAAUCAGAGAUGUUUCUGUGAGAGAAUUGAAAAUAGCGUUGGAGAGAGGAAAGGUGUAUCAGUUUGCCAUUACUGCAACUAAUGAGUUUGGUGAAAGCCUGAAACAAGAGAGAGCAAACAUCCAGCAAGUCAAGACAGAAGGAAGUAUGUUCAAAUGAAUCUUAUUUUCCCCUUUCAACGGUUUAUCCUUUUCUUUACUUAGUUUUCCAGGACUCUCCGUGUCAUGAACAUCGAGGUUUUUACGGGUGAGUUCUUCGCUUGUAAGAACCUUAAUCAAUGAGAAAAAUUUUUACUUACGUCGCAGUUGAUAUUUGUGUGCCAACUGAAAAUAUAUGGCAUAUCUAUUAACUGAGAUUUUAAUCAUUGGCUGGCACACACAGAUAUUUUAAGUCUGACACAUGCUGAUCUGAAUCUGGUAAGAGAAGUCUGAAACACUUUCGUUUAAUCUUCUUACAUUUAAAUUAACUGCUUUUUUCUUUCCUUUGCCGCCAUCACUUAGCUGAUGCAUCUCUCCCACAUUAAAAAAUUUCACUCUCCCACACUGAAUUCCGAGAACUCUUCUGUCAUUUUCACCACCACGGCACUUUAUUUCUCAUACCGGUGAAAGCGACUUAGAACUUAGCCUCCUCUGCGCACCGUAAUUUCGACACCAGAUUACUGAACCGCGAGAACUCAGAAUUGUCGGCGAUUUCGCUUUAGCUUAAUUAAGAAUGUAUAGUCACGCUGCCUCACGCUGCGAACAGAGAGGUUGUCUAUCUUUUCACAGGUUUUCUUCGGUGAGGCUACAGAGCGUGACGCAAACUUCCUGUCUCAAGGUCAUGAAGGGGUAUUCAUUUUCUUAGGUCUUAUGUCUUAUUUUUCGGGGAUCUUCGUUUUCGCUACAAACGUAGUUCACUUUCUCUUUGUUGAUGAUCUCUUUUCAGUCUCUUUUCUGGAGCUCUUUUUAUUCUCUUCUCACAUUGGUCUUCGCUAGAUAUUCGCCAUUCUACUUUACCCUUUUCUUGUUCUCUAUCGUCAUCCCCUCGCUGUGUUCUGCCUAUUCUUCGCCCUAUCAAACCCCAUUUCGCGUUUUUCUCGACUCGCUCCACGCCUUUUAAGUUCUUUCUCUCUUUGGUCUCUCUCUCUUUGUCUCUUCUCUUUAUUUCUUCCUUUUGGAAAAGGGAAAAGCUUUAGCUAUGACUAUCGUUGCUUUGCAAGUUUAUUAGAAAUUGCAAAAUACCAAGAAUCACUUUUCAACAACAACCUCACCAGUAUGAUUUCCCGCUCAAAACACGGGUUGCAAAUUCUUUCCUUGCGCUGCUUCACAUCCUCUAACCAACAUGAAACCUUUCUAGGUUUCUACAAAUAUCUUUGAAGUUGAAUCUUAAGUCUCUUAUUGUUAUCAAGUUUGAGAUGAGAUAUUCUAGUUCUAGCUUGUCUUCGUUUAAAUCAAACUUUAGCAGCGCAAGAAACAGAAACAAGACAAAUUCCGUAUUUCAGUGGCUAGAGUUGCCAUGAUCAUUGAAAUUUGGUUUAAAGAAGACAAUCGUAAAACACGAAUAAUCUGAAGAGAAGAACUGAAAAAAUAUCAGGUUGAAAGUGACUAUUCUUUUUAAUUUAGUACAACUAUCAGAGGAGUUUGACACAUUAGAGAAAACUGUGGAGUGAAAAAUCAUUACUGGCGACAUAAAGAGAAGAUAUAAGAGAAGCCCGUACGUUUCUGGCGUAUUGUUUCACUGACUCACUCUUCUCAUUUAUACCCAUCUAUUAGUUGACCGGUAAUCUCUUAACUGGAAGUUGCUUAUGGUCGUUUCUUUCAACUCUGACUCAUUUUCCCAAACCAAAGUUCACAGUAACGCUCAAUGAAAUAUCAUUUCAACCGACGCUGACAUCAUACACGACAUCUGUAGAAGAAAACAUUUAUUCUGAAUCUGUGCGCACUCUGAUUGCCUUGCAUCAUGGUCGCAAAAGUAAAACUGAAGCCCCGUUUAAACGAUCAGGAUAGUUGAAGAUAGUGUCAACUAUCAAGCGCGUUUGAACACGAACUGUCAUGUUCUAUCAUCGCAUUUCAUCAAAAAUCAUGUAGUUUGGACAUGUUCAAAUUCGACAUGAUAGUUAAUGAUAGUUUUUGCUGUUUGAACGAGAGAAGGAUAGUGAAUGAUAGUUGUUAGGUCAGCAGUUUUGCCCAAAAACGGGCUCAAACCGAAAUGGCAACGGUAAAAUGACUAAAAUAGCCGUCGAAAUUUCCCAGAAUGUCUCGUAGUUAAUUCCUAUCAUUUCCUGGUAGGCUUCAGUAUCUUUAACUUGUAACUUCUUGACUAAAAUUUCAAGUGCCGCUGAAAUUGCUGACCUCAGCGCGCACCGUAUUUGUGUACAAUUACGCGAUCUCAUUGCAUGAUAUUUUGUCAACUAUCAUUGACUGUCAUGGACCGUUUGAACACAAACUUGAUAGUCAAUGAUGUGAAUGAAAGUUGCAGCUGUCAUUCAGUUGUCUAUCAUCAACGAUCGUGAUCGUUGGAACGGGGCUUAAGUCAUUUGCAUCUUGUCGCAGUCGAGUGAACAUCUUUUAUGGAAGAGAGAGUAGCGAGAAAUGUAUAUAAUGGGAAUUCACUGUCUGUUGCCGCUCCUUCGUUAAAAAGGAAAGUUAAAAAGAGUUGAAGGGCCUGUGGGCUCUCGUAAUUCUUCCGCGACCAAAUUCGUUCUUAGGAGGCAACUAAAGAGAUUCAGAAAGAAUCGAAACAGCAGUCUUGCUUAAGAAUCUUCACGAACGGCAGCAAUUACACUCCCAGCUGAUGGCUGUGUGAAUGAUAUCGAAUUCAGAAAUUGCAUUCCUAGACGGGACUUAUUUAUAAUGACAGGGAAUCGACCCUUGACAUGCAAAUGUAUUACAAAGAGAUAGAGUCAUCCACCAGGCGUAAAUAGGGGGCUGGAAUUUGAGGUCGCUACGUUGAUCACUGUAUCAGUGCUACUUUUUCCACCAGAGAGGAACUCAGUCAUUUUUUAAUUGCGGUCAGUUACUUUCAUUGAGCUCUAAAAUAGAUCUAGGAAAUUUCUGACACCUCUUUGGCUUCUUCGAAGUCAAAGUUAACAGAUAACAGUCUAUGCAUCAGUGGGUGUGCUACAGACCCACGAUGUCUCAUAGUUUUGUCAUCUUCAAAUCUAUCACAUGUGAAGAAUACCAUUCCUUGUUCUCAGUGUCUUAGGCUUCAUAGCCUAUUUAUUGACAGUUCUGAUUUUCCAAGAUGUCAGAGGUAAUACGCCAGUUCUUCUCCUACCCUUGUCAUUCAAGGGAGUCUUAAAAAACUGAUCGAAAGUCAGCAUUCUACAAACGUCACAGAAGGAAAAAAAUGAUCGUAUUCCAUUUUGCCGGCAAGACCUGUCCCACUAACAAAUUUAAAUUAAUUCAAAAUGAUCCAAAAACUGGUAUAUUAUUUUCGCAUAAAACAUAGACAACUAUUUGGUCAGAAAUACUUUCUAAAUAAAUGAUCAACCCGAGGCUUUCACCUUGCGUGCAUGACACAAGACUUUUCCUUUCAUAAAUAAUGUUGAGACUGCCUCAACCAAUGUCAUCUAUGUCAUAACUUGCGGUUAUUUCAAAAAGUUAUACUUCGGCGAAAAAGGAAGACGACUUGGGGAACGAUUCUGAGAACACCAUCGUGACGCAGAACACAAGAAAAACAAUAUCUCUCAAAUUGGCCUCCCUUUCGUACAUUUGAUGAUAGUGUUCUUUGUAAGUAAAGGCUUUAUACAUGAGUUCAAAUGAUAAUUAUUGUGCAAACAAACAAACAAACGUUCAUUUUAAGUCGUAUUUUGUUUUUCCCCAAUUCAAACAGUAAGCUCAGAAGUUUACCUGACAGCGACAAUACAGGAGCACUGUAGCAGACGUUCAGAAGUUGCUGCGAAAUUUCCAGAAAUGGUUAGAUAAUCUACUUGAUUCAUAUACUGGAGUUUAUGGAAUACUGCCAUGAGAUUUAUCAUGAAAAGUGAACCUUAAUCAAUCUGUUCUUGAAUGAAAUGGUAAUAUUUCUGUUAAAAAGGAUAUUUUGAACGAUCUUCAAUAUGUGACAAUAUUGAUAUGUCCUUUCAGGCUUGUCAAAUUGCCUUUAGGUUUGGCUGCUCCUCCGCCAACACUGUGAACACCAGGUAAGUUACAGGUUGUUGUUUUACACUGAAACAACAAACGCAAAUUUGUGUUUUGGAAGGGGGGAGGAGCUUUUUCUCAGUGUGUUGUAUUUUAGCGGUAAAACUGGUUUUUCUUCUCGAGCAAAUCUUAUUUAAUGCAAGAUAAUUUACAUUUAAUAUACAGUAAGAUAUUGGCACAGAAGGAUACGAAUUAAUUUUAUUUACAUUAAUUUAUUACAUUGGUUAAAUCUCAAUAUAUUUUGACACUUGAAAGUCACCAAAGUACAAAUAUGUGUGAUAAUACUCUCUGCUCUUUUCCGCCCCCCCCCCCUUAUCUAGGUGUGGCAGUGUUGUUCUUGACUUCAUGAUGAGAUUCAAUCAAAGUGUAGUCGUCAGCAAUGUUUUGAUUCUCCUGUCGGAUGCUGCAAGGCAAGACAGAUUCGGAGGUUUUAAAGUCAAUCCAGACUCAAUUAAACAAGUUUUAAUACCCACGGAUGGCUCGGAAAGCACAACAGAAGGUAAAUUUUUACAAAGAAAUCGUUAAAUGGUUACAAGUAUUCUUCCGGGCUGUUUAUAAUUGUAUUCCGUAUCUGUUUAAUUAAACAACUUAUUCUGUGACUGACAUAUUUCCAUGUUUUUGUUUUUUUCGAUGUUGUUGUUUUAUUUAAGGUCCUGAAGAAUGCAACUGCCCAUCUAACAACGUCUUGUUGGCCAUAAUUGGGGUUCUUGCCUUCACAAUCCUUCUUCUAAUUAUUUACAUAAUCUGGCUACAUAAGAAAGGUAGGUAAAAAAUCAUAAUCUGUGAUAGAAGGUUUGGCUGUAAGAUUCAUUAUUAAGCAAAAGCAAAUUUUUACCCACAUCCACAUCACUGGUCUUUUUGUCCUUUCGUUCUUUUUCAGGCGCUGUAGGGAAACAGAGGUAAGAAUCUGCUGCCAGUAGGAUUGUGUCGACGUAAUGUACCAGAUGUGGUUUCAUCUUAACAAAAAAUUCCAAUCAAAACUGAUGAAAUUCUAAGCGUUUUAUAAUUAUUUCUAUGCUUUCUCAAUUGUAGGGCUUAUGAAGAUGAAAGAGGUGUUUGCUACGUAAGUUAAGCUAAGAAAUUGAGGUCAUGUUAGUGUGGCCAGAUAUUAUGUAAUCUCACUUUACCUCUACUUUCUAUAAGAAAAUAAACGCUUGCAGCAAAUAAAAAGGAAAAAAUAUGUAGUUCUACAUAAAAAUAGCAUAUUGCAUCAGUGGCAGAUACAAUGAAAUAGAGGAGGAAGUUAGGCUUGAUAAGGUCUUUGUCCUGGGAUCAUGUCCUAAGCUGCUCCAUGGAUUUUCUUUCGGUUGUCAACUGCCUGGCUUCACUUCAAUGAUCGCGAACUGUUCUGCACUCGGUUGAUAUUUGCUUUCUAAACAAUUGAUUUCGCGCAUUUUUGGCCGUCUUAUUUUCUUGAUGCUUUAUUUUCUAAAGGUGGGUUUAUGAGCUGAGUACAGCAGGAUUUUGUUCCUGCGUUUAUUUGUCAAAAAAUGCACUACCAAUCGACAAUCUUCAUGUUGCAGUUUGUAGCUUCGGCGAAUAUGCUAUGAGCCUCGAUCACUCCACUGAACAUGAUAGUUUCAAAAGCAGAGAACAAAAUGUUAGUGAUAACAAAGUGUUAGUAAUAAUAAAUGUUAGUAAUAAUAAGAACAAGAGAUUAUAAACUAUUUUUCAUCUCUUGUCAUGGAAGAAUAUAAACGUUUGUCUGAGAAAAAUGGGUGAACUGAUUUUUAUAACCAACGGUGUGUUGGUUUAAUAGAAUGGAACAGGAUUAGAAGAUAUCGAACCAAGUCUACCCGAUUCAAGAAAACUAACUCAGCCUCCUGCUGAAUACAUGGAUCUCAUAGAAGUCAACAAAGAUAAUAGAAAAGCACAAAGAACAGCUCCAGGUGCUGAUUACGCGCCUCUUCGUCCGUUAACACGCUGCUGGGAAGUUCCAAGACAUCACGUGACCAUAGAAAAGAUAAUUGGUAAAGGCGCUUUUGGUCAAGUUGCCAAGGGAACAGCAGUAGGACUUCCAGGGAGUCCUGAGACGACCACAGUGGCUAUUAAGAUGCUUAAAAGUGAGCUCUUGUACUGUAAAUUGAAUGACAGUCUUGGCCUACAGACAUUCAAGAAUUGUUACCGGGUUAACGUAAUUUUUUAGCUAUUUGCCUUUUCAUAAGUUAUGUUGGUAUUUCGACACGCUUCUCGUUAACCAAAUUUUACUCCUUGUUUUUAACGCUCUAGCAAACGCCUCUGAAUCGGACAAGAGAGAUUUGAUGAAGGAACUUGACACAAUGAAGCAGCUGAAACCACAUCCUUACGUCAUUAAACUUCUGGGAUGUGUUACUGAAUCUGGUAUGCUUUGGUUAUGCGGGUUUAAUUUUGUUGUACACAUUUUUCAUCUGAUUUACUCUGUAACGCUUUCUCUUCGUCGAUAAUUUGCUUCAAUGGAAGAGUCACUGCUUCACAAUUGAGCACAACAAACAACCAUCGCAUAAGGUUAUCUUGUUUUAGCCAACACAGACAUUCCUGGAUUUAGUGACAGACUAAGACCGAAUAUUUGCCACUGGGCAGAUCAUUCUGUUGUAUAGGCAGAAAUGCUUUUUGUGAAGGAAUAAUUGGUCUGUACCUUCUUAUGAGAUCGUUACAUAGGUUUUCUUGUUUUCGUGCGAUUUCUUCAAGGGUUGACCAUGACUGGGGUAUUUAUUUAUUUAUUUUAAUUAUUGAUAAUUUUUUUUUAAGAGAGAGUAAUAUAUCAACUAAAUUGUUUAAUUUCUUCAGAACAGCUGUUGGUUUUGAUUGAAUAUGUGCCUUUUGGGGAUCUGCUGGGUUACCUGAGAAAGAGCCGUGGAUUAAAAGACACUUACUACAAAGACCCGGAUAUCAAACCACAAACAAAUCUGACGUCGCAGCAGCUGAUGAGGUUUUCGUGGCAAAUUGCUGAUGGAAUGAGUUACUUGUCCGCAAAAUCUGUAAGUUAAUUAAAAACACAAAAGACAAACAAUUCUAAAACCUUCUUGUAAGGUCUAUCGUCAUGUUAAGCACUGUCUUGCAUAGAAUAUUAUGUCUUCACAAGAUCACGCCCGGGAGUUACAAAUGUAUUCCAACCGUCUUGAUGAGGCUAUUUCUUUAGGGCCAGGAACCCUCACAAUCUUGACGUUAUCAUAUAAGUUUUAUUUCAAUGUGAGAAUGGCGAUAUUUGUGCAUCUUUGCAGGUGCACCCCAUCGAAAUAAAAUAUCUGGAUUUUUCUCGUGCAGGCAAAGGCAGAGACGUGAAUGCAUAGGAUCUUUUAAGAUAUUCAGCCUAAACUAAGUGUACAACAAACGUCCAUUUUAGUGACAAGGAAGAAUAGGAAUAAAAACUUUAAAAUAAAAAAUUAAUCUUUUGUCGCUAAACUGCUCCAUUACAGAAUUCUAUUUCGAUUAAAAUCUUAAGAUUAGCGUUCUUUGAAAUAACUACGUAUUGCAGAUAUAAAGUAGUUUGCUUCUCUUUGGAAUAUGGAGGAGUUAUUGUAGUAGUUUUAAUUUUCUGCCAUCUGGAAGAAAGAGAAAUACGCACACCAUAUUAUGUUGUAGAUAUUUCUAUUUUCCUAUCCGAACCAUUUCAUUUCAGUUCUUUUUCUUCUGCAAUCGCAAAUUUUUGCUGUUGCAUCAAUUCCUUUCAAGAUCAUUCACCGAGACCUUGCGGCCCGUAAUGUGUUGGUUGGACAAAAGGAAAUGUGUAAAGUGACAGACUUUGGAAUGGCCAGAGAUGUGCAGCAGGAAAAUAUUUAUGAACGAAAGACUAAGGUACUCAGGAAAAAAGGGAGGUGGGGGCGGUAUCACAUUUCGUUCAGUUUAGUGAUCUUUGACAAUCAUUGUUGUGGUAAAGCUGAUAUAUUCCUGAUUUCGAUCAUGAAUUCCUUGGGACCCUAAUGAAAACAUUAUCCAUGCGUAUACGAGUACAACUUUAAAUAUCACUGUUUUUGACUAGUCGCUACCUAUAAUUCUCGAGCUGUUUCACAAAGUGAUAUUUAAAAUCUUUAGGGCCGUCUUCCCGUGAAGUGGACAGCUUAUGAGGCCUUAUUGUAUGGUAAAUAUACCACCAAAAGUGAUGUGUAAGUAUACCUGAUUAUCAACCGUAGCAAUUUAUCAAUAAGUUUUAUCAAUUUUAGUCUGGACUUGAAUUCUAUGCUUUGUCAAAGAAUACAUAUAUUUUAUUUGUCGUAUAUACUGUUUAUGUCAAUAGUCACUUAAUUUAUGUUCGUUUGAUUUGUCUUUCUGCAGAUGGAGUUAUGGAGUUUUGUUGUACGAGAUUUUCACCAUAGGUAACAUCGAAUGGAAGUUUAUGAGGCUCUUAAUUAAACAAUGUAUCGUGUUCAGUCAGACAAACGUAAUAAGCUUCCCCAUGCAAUCUCAAACUCCAUCAAUUGACACAGGUAUGUUUUAGUGAAGGUCUUUUUUUUGUCACGUUUAUAUCUCGAUGAUCUUGUGGUUCUUCCAGGCGGUUCACCUUACCCACGAAUGGAUGGAAGAAAAAUUGCAAACUUACUUCAGGAUGGAUACAGGAUGCCUAAGCCACCACACGUCGAUGAAAAAUUGUAAGUUUUCUUUGUUGCCUCGUUCUCUCUCGUUGUACAAGGAAAUGCUCUUCAAAUCUCGAACAGAUCACUUGAACAAUGCCAGGUAUCAAAUCAUGAUGAAAUGCUGGAAGAAUGACCCUGAUGCAAGACCAACUUUUACUGAAUUGAAAAAUCAGCUUAAGGACAUGGAAACCCUACACAAGGUGAGAAUUUUGAUCAAUAUGAAAGUUUAUUUUCACGAGGACCGACUGGCUUAGGCUUAGCUAAUUAGGGUUAAACUUAACAGCAUUGAGCCUAAAUAGCGCAGUAAUAUGUACUCAUCUCUGCAAUUUUUACGAAGUUUGGAUUGCAUCUUUUUGUUAUGUCACUGAAGCUAGCACUCCACCAAAAACAGCAAAGAAACAAAUUAGAAUGUCUCAAUGACAAUUAACACUUUAUGGCCAUUUAAAAGAUCAUAGGAUGAUUGCAAAACUGCAUUGAGACGCACAAAGAGUAGCAGAUGACGACGUCAUAAAAUACUUCCUCCUUGAAUUUGUUUUGGUGUAAAAACAUAACCACUAAUGAGGAUAACUACUUAAAACUUUUUUAAUGAUGCUGAUUAUUAUUUUUCUCUACAGAAGCUGAUCAACAUGACAAUGUACGACAAGCAGUUGUAUGCAAACGUCGAGGAUUUAAUAGUGUAGUUAUAUACAUGUCCACGGUGUAUAACUGGCUAACAGUUUGAACACUUCGCCCAGACAAGUUUCAGGGAUUAAUCAUUUUUUCCUUACACGCUGACUUGGUAGAAAUAGCCAUGUUGUGUUAAUCAGUUAGGCUGGAACGUUGUAAUACAAUUAACUUUAUAUUCUUAAACGCUGAAGCGAAUUUAUAAGUUUACCAAUAAAAUAUACUCUCAUUUUCUCUUAAACAUAUUAAGUACUUACAUGUAUGCCUCGACACAAGCGUUUGAGUUCAGUUUAUUUUGUGGCUCAUUCUAAAGGCAGGACAGCGCGAAAAAGAAAUCCAAUAAUGAGAUGAUGAUGAGAUUUCGCUCUGAAUGCCAUAGUUGUGUACAAUUUUAAUAAAUUGCUAAAAAAUAUUUUUGCCGCAAAACCCGCUUGUUUGCAGGAAAGUGAGCUAAUCGUGCGCAUAAAUUCUUUUCCCCAAGACCGCCUUUACUUGCGAUACCAACUCGAAAUACUUUUACACGGAAAGUAUUAAUAAAAUUAACGGUAUUUUAAUCAAAAUUAUACGUGGCACAUUACAUCUGCAGGCAGGUUUGUUGUUUGGCCCAAUCGCCUGAUAGUUUUCGCGUACUAGAUACUAUUACUCAACGAAACUGGUCUUAAGUACGUGUUCAAGUCUUUUUUCUUGGAUACGUUGCUAAUAUAAUAGCUUUAGUUUAUUUUUUAAAUAUAUAUUUAUAUAAUAAAAGUGUC